GCAGCUCGUACCAUUUCACCCACACGCCUGUUUUUCCGUACUUCACAAGUGGUUCCUUCAAUGGCCCAUGCCCGAUCUGUAUUUAAGACUUUGGGCGAGUAUGGUGAAAUGGUCGAAUAUAAGAUCAUGCGGUGUCCCGAAACUCAAAAAUAUCUAAAGUACGGUUUUGUGGUGUAUAAAAACCAACAAGGAGCAGAAAACGUUACAUCACAAAAAUUCAUCAAAGUCAACUCCAACCUUUUUGAAAAGCCAUGCGAUAUCAAGAUUGAAAAGGCCAAC